AUGAGACCGCUAACCGCUUCUAAAAUAGUUUCACAUUUAUAAUUUUCUAGAAUUUGAAGUUUUUUAGGUUUAAACAGUCUGCAUUUAAAGCACGGCAAUAUAUGGUGCUUUAGUUACCUUUUAAGGCGAUUAAUAUGGUGUUUUUUUUUACUAGCAAUGUCGUGUCACCCCCUGUUACUUUAUUUAUGGGUGCCGACAAACAUGAAAAUGAAGACUUAAUUAAAUGGGGAUGGCCAGAGGAUGUUUGGUUUCAUGUUGACAAAGUUUCCUCAGCUCAUGUGUAUCUAAGACUAGCUCCUGGACAAACAAUAGAUGACAUUCCGAAUUCUGUUCUGGAUGAUGCAUGUCAGCUGGUUAAGGCAAAUUCCAUCAUGGGUAAUAAAAUGAAUGACAUUGAUAUUGUGUAUACAAUGUGGUCAAACUUAAAGAAAACUCCAAGUAUGGAGGUUGGUCAAGUAGCUUUUCACAAAGAUAAAGAUGUUAGAAAAGUACGUGUUGCUAAGAGGUGUAAUGAUAUAAUUAAUAGAUUAAAUAGGACGAAAAAAGAGGAAUUUCCUGACUUAAGACAGGAAAGAGAAAAUAGAGAUAGAUCAGAAAGAGAAGACAAAAAGAAACUUUUAAGGGAAAAGAAAGAAAAAGAGAAGGAGGAAGAGAAAAAGAAAAAAGAAGAGGCAGAACUAAGAAGUUACUCAACAUUAAUGAAAAAGGAAAAUAUGACAACAAAUUAUGAUGGAAAUGACUCUGAUGAUUUUAUGUAAAAAUAAACAUGUUUCAUUCAA